AUCCAACAAAGCGUCUUCGAUACUUAAUUCUUUCCCCCAUUUCCCUAUAUCAUCAAACCAUAUAUGAUCUCAAGAACCUAGAUCUUCACUCGCUGUUCCGACGAUCCUUCCUCACCGUCGGCGAAUCCAGAUCGGAGUUAUUUGGCGCUUUAGUUGAGGAUUGAGAUGGCCGAUAACAAUGUGAAUUCCAGUUCACCUGCUGAAAACCAAAACCCUGAUUCUGAUGGGACUAUAAAGCCUAAAACCAACGAGAGCGAGACAUCUAUUGAUGCAAUUGCACAAAAGGUUCAAGAGUCUUUGACUCUUUCCAAGAGGCAUAAAUUUUGGGAAACUCAACCUGUUGGGCAGUUUAAGGAUGUUGGGAACUCUAACUUACCUGAAGGCCCUAUUGAGCCUCCAACACCCUUGUCAGAAGUUAAGCAAGAGCCUUAUAAUCUUCCUGGUCCUUAUGAAUGGAUUACUUGUGACAUGGAUACAAAGGAGAUGUGCUCUGAGGUUUACACUCUUCUUGCCAACAAUUAUGUCGAGGAUGAUGAGAAUAUGUUUAGGUUUAACUAUUCGAAAGAGUUUCUUCAUUGGGCACUUCGUCCUCCAGGUUAUUACAGAAGUUGGCAUAUUGGGGUGCGAGUCAAGACUUCGAAGAAGUUGGUAGCUUUUAUAACUGGGGUGCCUGCCAGAAUCAGGGCAAAGGACACCAUUGUUAACAUGGCAGAGAUUAAUUUUUUGUGUGUUCACAAGAAACUUAGAUCGAAAAGGCUUGCCCCUGUCAUGAUUAAAGAAGUUACUAGGAGAGUUCACUUGGAGAAUAUAUGGCAGGCAGCUUAUACUGCUGGGGUGGUUUUGCCUACACCUAUCUCGACUUGUCAAUACUGGCACAGAUCUUUGAAUCCAAAGAAGCUCAUAGAUGUUGGGUUUUCUAGGCUUGGUGCGAGGAUGACAAUGAGCCGGACCAUUAAGCUGUACAAGUUGCCAGAUUCACCGGUUACACCUGGGUUUAGAAAGAUGGAGCUCCACGAUCUUCCUGCUGUUACCCGUUUGCUUAGGGACUACUUGAAGCAAUUCAUGGUGGCGCCCGACUUCGAUGAAAAUGAUGUAGAGCAUUGGUUGCUUCCUAAGGAGGAUGUAGUGGACAGUUAUUUGGUGGAAAGUCCCGAGACUCAUGAUGUCACAGAUUUCUGCAGUUUCUACACACUUCCUUCAACCAUCCUUGGCAAUCAGAAUUAUUCGACUUUGAAGGCUGCAUAUUCCUACUACAAUGUAUCCACUCGGACUCCUCUGCUUCAGUUGAUGAAUGAUGCUCUUAUUGUGGCUAAGAAGAAGGGUUAUGAUGUAUUCAAUGCUUUAGAUGUUAUGGAAAACGAAACUAUCUUGAAGGAACUGAAAUUUGGACCAGGUGAUGGGCAACUCCACUAUUAUCUGUACAAUUACCGGUUAAACCGAGCACUGAGACCAUCAGAACUUGGGCUUGUCCUCUUGUAGUCCGAGCUUUGAUUUUAUCAAUGUCUAAGGCGGAAUUUUGGGUAACAUUUUCGGAUCUCUGCAAUGCAAUGAUUAAUUUCUGUUGCCUGGUGAACUUCUCUUUCAUAAAGCUGUAAGGGUUUCAGUUUUCUUGAUUUUUGACAGGACUUGAAAGGUUGGUAUCCUGAAAACUUGUUUGCGUUUUAAUAUUCGUUAUGAUUUUCACAUCAUGUUUAAUGGUAAUUGGGUGUAUUGUUAGAACUUUUUCCAUGUCCCAGACUACAUGUGUUGGUUCAUCAACAAAAAUUGUUCCUUCAUCUGAUGUAUCUUUCUGUCUGGUUGUUGCUUUGGUCUUUUA